GUAAGAAAUUAACACCGUCAAAAGUGUAACAUAUACACCCCAAAGUGUGGACAAAUAGACACUUUUCCGAUGUUAAAUGUGACAUCGUUGGUGUUCCUUUUAAACCGGCAAUUUUGCUGUGUACAACCUUUUAAAAUCAUUUUAUUAUAUAUCGGCUACAUAUGUUACGCCCAGGCAGAGAACAGCCAAAGCGAACACAUGCUCAUCUCGUCACUUCUUGCAGCAGCAAAAACGAUCCAGUCGGGGUUGGCGCAUCAGGAAAGACAGAUAUAUUACUGAUCAUAACACACUGUCAUCAGACACAGCGCUUCUCUCCAGCCAGCAGGUGGCGCAGACGCUUCACCUGUAGAACAGCAGCACGUGAAGAAAAGACGGGCUACAGUUUCAGCCGCGGUUUAAUGGUGUCCAUGAUGAUGGUGCAGGUGGAUGUGAUGUGCUGUAAAUCAGUAGGAACUGAUCUGUCUAUGCUGGAUAUUGAUGAUUUGAUGACAGAAAUCUGUCAGCUGAAGAAAGAGGUGAAGUUACUGGAGACAAAACUCAGAGAGAGAGACCAACUCAACAGAAAGGAUGUAUGUGGUGUUUCUCUCUGUGACUUCACUGAUCAAACAUCUCCAGAUCUUCUGCUUUCUGUCUGUAAUGAAGAGCAGAAGACAUCAGUGAAGCUGCUGGACUGUGAGAUGAAGCUGAAGACAGAAAUCACAGAAGCAGUUGUACAGACAGAAAAAGGCGUUUUGAUUUAUUCAGACCUGAUGGAGUCGAAAACAGAAAACACAGAAUCGGGCAACAAACAGAAAAGACUGAUUUGAUAUAUUCAGACCUGAAAGAGGUAAAGGAGGAAAGAUCAGAACCAAAUGAAAUUGAGGAGGAAAAUAAUUUCACGACUAGUGAAGACUCUCCGAGUUGCUUGAGGACAGAAGAGAGUUUCCCACAAAAAAGAAUUCAUACCUGUCCUCAGUGUGGAAAGAUCUUCACAUAUAUAUCCAAACGUGAUAGGCAUAUGAGAAUUCACACUAAAGAACACCGUUACAGAUGUGACCAUUGUGAACAUUUCUUUAAAUUUAAGUCCAAACUUAUUUUGCACAUGAGAAUUCACACUGGAAAACGGCCUUACAGAUGUGACCAGUGUGGAUCAUCCUUCGUUCGUGAAUACC